GGAGGACGAACGGACAGGGCCAGCUUGCCGCCCGCCCGCCGCCCGCAGUGGUGUGAAGGAGUUCCUGCGUGCCCACCGUCACCACUGCCUCACCUGKGUUUCCAGAGCCUCCCCCCGACCCUGGUGCCCACUGUCCACCCUCAUCCGGCUUGAGAACUCUUCUUCCGCUCCGCGGACGCCGCGGGCAUGGACUAUUCGUACGACGAGGACCUGGAUGAGCUGUGCCCAGUGUGUGGGGACAAGGUGUCCGGAUACCACUACGGGCUGCUCACGUGCGAGAGCUGCAAGGGCUUCUUCAAGCGCACUGUGCAGAACAACAAGCACUACACGUGCACGGAGAGCCAGAGCUGCAAGAUCGACAAGACGCAGCGCAAGCGCUGUCCCUUCUGCCGCUUCCAGAAGUGCCUGACGGUGGGGAUGCGCCUGGAAGCCGUGCGCGCUGACCGUAUGCGGGGCGGCCGGAACAAGUUUGGGCCCAUGUACAAGCGGGACCGGGCCCUGAAGCAGCAGAAGAAGGCACAGAUUCGGGCCAAUGGCUUCAAGCUGGAGACAGGCCCCCCAAUGGGGGUGCCUCCGCCACCCCCUCCCCCACCGGACUACAUGCUGACCCCCAGCCUGCACGCGCCUGAGCCUAAGGGCCUGGCCUCUGGUCCACCCACUGGGCCACUGGGCGACUUUGGAGCCUCAGCACUGCCCAUGGCCAUGCCCAGCACCCAUGGGCCACUGGCCGGCUACCUCUACCCUGCCUUCCCUGGCCGUGCCAUUAAGUCUGAGUAUCCAGAACCCUAUGCCAGUCCCCCGCAGCCUGGGCCGCCCUAUGGCUACCCAGAGCCCUUCUCUGGAGGGCCCAGUGUGCCCGAGCUCAUCCUACAGCUGCUGCAGCUGGAGCCCGAUGAGGACCAGGUGCGGGCACGCAUCGUAGGCUGCCUGCAGGAACCUGCCAAAGGCCGCCCCGACCAGCCAGCACCCUUCGGCCUCCUGUGCAGGAUGGCUGACCAGACCUUCAUCUCCAUCGUGGACUGGGCUCGCAGAUGUAUGGUGUUCAAAGAGCUGGAGGUGGCUGACCAGAUGACACUGCUGCAGAACUGCUGGAGYGAGCUGCUGGUGUUCGACCACAUCUACCGCCAGGUCCAAUACGGCAAGGAGGGCAGCAUCCUGCUGGUCACCGGCCAGGAGGUGGAGCUGACCACAGUGGCUGCCCAGGCGGGCUCCCUGCUCCAUGGCCUGGUGCUGCGGGCGCAAGAGCUGGUGCUACAGCUGCAUGCACUGCAGCUGGACCGCCAGGAGUUUGUGUGCCUCAAGUUCCUCAUCCUCCUCAGCCUCGAUGUGAAGUUCCUGAACAACCACAGCCUGGUGAAGGACGCUCAGGAGAAGGCCAACGCUGCCCUGCUCGACUACACCCUGUGCCACUACCCACACUGCGGGGACAAGUUCCAGCAGUUGCUGCUGUGCCUGGUGGAGGUGCGGGCCCUGAGCAUGCAGGCCAAGGAGUACCUGUACCAUAAGCACCUGGGCAACGAGAUGCCCCGCAACAACCUGCUCAUCGAGAUGCUGCAGGCCAAGCAGACUUGAGCCCGGGCGGGCCGGGGCAGGCGGGCCGGGAGGGCACGGCUACCCGCCGCCUCCGCAGGGCUUAUUCGGUUAGGCCAACCCAGGAGCCCCAUCCCGUAGGCCCCUGACCCUAAGCUCUGGAGCUGUGUGUUUGGGGUGGUGGGUAAGGACGGGCAGGGCCUGGCUGAGAUGGGGUGGCCCUCACCAGACACUGGCACUUGCCUGCCACUCAGAGUGCCCCAAGGAGGCGGCUGCUACCCACCCCGCCCUCCCCCUGCUCCCAGCUUCUGUCCUGGAGUCUGAAGUGCUGGCUGUCCAGGGAGGAGGUUCGGGAUUCCCUGGUAGGCCUSGAUGUCCCUCGGGUCAGAGGUCAUUCUUUCCCCCUCUGCCAGAAUCAGAGGCAGGGGGAAAGGCGAGCAGGCAUCAACAGGGAUGGCAGGUGGGGGUCUCCAAAGCUCCCCCAUAGAG